AUGGCGCCUCCCGUGCGCCCGGGGAUGCCGCCCCUGCUGCUGCUGUUGCUGCUGUUGCUGCUGCUGCCGACGCUCGGCUGGGUUCCAGGAGUGUGGGGCUUUAGCGAACUGUUUUUCCUGAAAGAACCACAGGAUGUAACUGUCACGAGGAAAGACCCCGUCUUUCUAGAUUGUCAGGCUCACGGAGAGGGUCCCGUGAAGGUCACGUGGUUGAAAAAUGGAGCCAAACUGUCUGAAAAUAAACGGAUCCAGGUUCUAUCCAACGGCUCUUUGUACAUCCGUGAGGUGGAAGGCCGCCGAGGAGAGCAUUCGGAUGAAGGGUUUUAUCAGUGCUUGGCAGUGAACAAAUACGGGGCCAUCCUCAGUCAGAAAGCUCAUCUGACAUUGUCAACUAUUUCUGCGUUUGAAGUCCAUCCAGUUUCUACAGACGUCCACGAAGGGGGAGUUGCUAGAUUUUCUUGCAAGAUUUCAUCAAACCCCCCUGCAGUCAUUACGUGGGAGUUUAAUAGGACAGCCCUGCCUGUAACCAUGGACAGGGUGACUGCCCUGCCGUCAGGAGUGUUGCAGAUCUAUGAUGCUGGCCCGGAGGAUGCUGGGAAUUACCGCUGUGUUGCCACGACUAUAGCUCAUAAACGGAAAAGCAUGGAGGCCUCUCUAACCAUAAUUCCAGCUAAUGAAUCAAGAGCCUUCUAUAUGCCAACCAUUGUAGCCGGGCCGCAGAAUGUGACCGUGUCAUUACAUCAGACAGCUGUUCUAGAGUGUAUGGCCACAGGGUAUCCCAAACCCAUCAUUUCCUGGAGCCGGCUCGAUCACAAGUCCAUUGAUGUCUUUAACACCCGGGUCCUUGGAAAUGGCAACCUCAUAAUAUCCGAUGUCAAGCAGCAGCACACUGGGGUAUAUGUUUGCCGGGCCACCACCCCUGGCACACGCAACUUCACAGUUGCUAUGGCAACUUUAACUGUAUUAGCGCCUCCUUCAUUUGUUGAAUGGCCUGAAAGUUUAACAAGACCACGAGCUGGCACUGCACGGUUUGUGUGUCAGGCAGAGGGAACUCCCUCACCCAAAAUGUCCUGGUUGAAAAAUGGGAGACGGAUACAUUCUAACGGCCGAAUUAAAAUGUACAACAGCAAAUUGGUGAUUAACCAAAUUAUCCCAGAAGAUGAUGCUUUUUAUCAGUGCAUGGCCGAAAACAGCCAAGGAUCUGCUCUGUCUCGAGCCAGACUGACCGUGGUCAUGUCGGAAGACAGACCCAGCGCUCCGUACAAUGUCCAUGCUGAAACCAUGUCGAGCUCCGCCAUCCUUCUAGCUUGGGAGAGGCCGCUAUACAACUCAGACAAGGUCAUUGCCUACUCUGUGCACUACAUGAAGGCAGAAGGUUUAAAUAACGAGGAGUAUCAGGUGGUCCUUGGGAAUGACACAACUCAUUACAUCAUCGAUGACCUAGAACCCGCCAGCAACUACACUUUCUACAUCGUGGCGUACAUGCCAAUGGGAGCCAGCCAGAUGUCGGACCAUGUGACCCAGAACACUUUAGAAGAUGUGCCCCUGAGACCUCCCGAAAUUAGCUUGACGAGCCGAAGUCCCACCGACAUUGUCGUCUCCUGGCUGCCAAUCCCUGCCAAGUACCGGCGCGGCCAAGUGGUGCUGUAUCGGCUGUCCUUGCGCCUGAGCACUGAGAAUGCCAUCCAAGUUGUGGAACUCCCGGGGACUGUGCAUGAGCACCUCCUGGAAGGCCUGAAGCCUGAUAGCGUCUACCUGGUCCGGAUUACUGCUGCCACCCGCGUGGGGCUGGGAGAGUCGUCCGUGUGGACCUCACACAGGACGCCCAAAGCCACGAGUGUAAAAGCCCCUAAGUCUCCUGAGCUGCAUUUGGAACCCCUGAACUGCACUACCAUCUCCGUGAGGUGGCUGCGAGACCCCGAGGACCCAGCCGCCAUUCAGGGCUACAAGCUCUUUUAUAAAGAGGAAGGGCAGCAGGAGAAUGGACCUAUCUUCCUAGACACCGGUGACCUGCUCUAUACGCUCAGCGGCUUGGAUCCCAGAAGAAAAUACCACGUGAGGCUGCUGGCUUACAACCACAUGGAAGAUGGCUACCAGGCUGACCAGACAGUCAGCACUCCCGGAUGUGUGUCUGUUCGCGACCGCAUGGUCCCUCCGCCGCCGCCACCCCACCAUCUCUAUGCGAAGGCUAACACCUCUUCUUCCAUCUUCCUGCACUGGAGGAGGCCUGCCUUCACCACGGCCCAAGUCAUUAACUACACCAUCCGCUGUAACCCUGUCGGCCUGCAGAACGCCUCUCUGGUUCUCUACCUGCAAACGUCAGAGACCCACAUGCUGGUUCAGGGACUGGAACCAAACACCAAGUAUGAAUUUGCUGUCCGGCUGCAUGUGGAUCAGAGCUCCAGUCCCUGGAGCCCCGUGGUCUACCAUUCCACACUCCCAGAAGCACCCACGGGCCCCCCAGUGGGGGUGAAAGUGACACUCAUAGAAGAUGACACUGCCCUUGUUUCCUGGAAACCCCCAGAUGGCCCAGAGACAGUUGUGACACGCUACACCAUCUUGUACGCUUCCAGGAAGGCCUGGAUUGCAGGCGAGUGGCAGGUCCUGCACCGAGAAGGGGCAAUAACCAUGGCUCUGCUGGAAAACCUGGUGGCAGGAAACGUGUACAUUGUCAAGAUAUCUGCAUCCAAUGAGGUGGGGGAAGGGCCCUUCUCGAAUUCCGUGGAGCUGGUUGUCCUUCCCAAGGACACGUCAGCAGCGAACCAGAGGCCCAAGCAUUUGGAUUCUUCUGAUGCCAAAGUUUAUGCAGGUUAUUACCAUCUGGACCAGAAGUCAAUGACGGGUAUCGCAGUAGGCGUUGGCAUAGCCUUGACCUGCAUCCUUAUCUGCGUUCUCAUCUUGAUCUACCGAAGCAAAGCCAGGAAGUCAUCUGCCUCCAAGACAACACAGAAUGGAACCCAGCCCUUAUCCCGAGCCAGCGCCUCUGUAGCCGCGGGGAGUGACGUGGGGAAGAACCUGGAGAGAGCUUCAGAGAAUGAAGAGUCUCUGGUACCCAUGAUGCCGAGCAGCUUCAUUGAUGCGAAGGGAGGAACUGACCUGAUCAUCAACAGCUAUGGUCCUAUAGUUAAAAACAACACCAAGAAAAAGUGGCUUUUUUUCCAAGACAAUAAGAAAAUGAAAGUUGAGCAGACUCCAAGAAGAUUCACCCAGCCCGUGUGCUUUUACCAGCCAGGCACCACUGUGCUGAUCAGCGAGGAAGACUCCCCCAGCUCCCCAGGCCAGACCACCAGCUUCCCAAGACCCUUUGGGGCUGCCCUUGAUGCUGAGCAUUCGGCCAACAGUGAAGGCAGCCACGAGACGGGGGAUUCUGGAAGGUUCUCCCACGAGUCCAAUGAUGAGAUCCACCUGUCCUCGGUCAUCAGUGGCACACCCCCCACCUCGAAUUCUCUCGCCGGUGGCGAUUCUGAUGGAGAUGGUGCCGUGAAGAAGCACGGAGACCCUGCAGAGCCUUUGCCAGCCGAGCAGACCUCCUCCUGGGCCCCACAGCCACCAGAGUCCGUGGGGCCGUGCUUUGCAGCCAAGGGGUUUCCCAUCUAGACAGCUAUGCUCAGGGAUUCACAACAAGCGUCUGUUCGAAGGACAAUGAACAGGGAGCCAAAGCCUUUUGUGAAAAUCUUGAUGUCUUACUGUUUAUUGUUUUUUUUUCAUCUUUUAAAAAUAUUUUUUAAUUAUUUUUAAGCGCACGAAUUUUGAAUGUUUCAAUUGUCAACAAUGUGAAAAAGGGCAGUCAGGAUGCUUGACUGGGUUCUAAGAUGUAUCACUGGAGCGGAGGGAAGACUGCCCGAGCCCUCUGCUGAAUAGCUACCUCAGUUUGCUUUGGCGGACUCUGAAGAACUGUGCUGCCUCCUCCUGGGCUGGCUUCUCGCAGCGGCGUAGCCAGCAGGACUUCCUAGUGAUGCCACCGUGUGUCCGUUGUGUGUGUGAUGUGUGUGACUGAGGAGUCUGAUGGCAAGAAGAGGAAGAAUGUUGAUCUGAAGCUCUGGUUUUUUUCUUUUUUCUUUUUCUUUUUUUUUCUUUUAGAGCUGUAACAUCUGCAUGAUUUGGAUAAUGUUGUGAUCUCUGGCUGUGAGGAGAAAAUAUGGGACUAUAUUUAUUUGAAUGGAUGAAACAAAGAUGUCUCCUUGGAGAAGCAAACCAUUCCGUAGCACAUAGGGAUCAUUUCCUUGCCAGGCUGUUGGGAUUGGAGUGCCAGAGCAGGAAUCCUUCGCUCCAGCCCACACCAGCCUGCCUUCAGCCACCUUCUCUUUGGCCCCACAGUUGGUCAAGGCCUGCGCUGUCUCUUUUGCAGAACAACUUCAGAGUUUCUGAGCUAGCUGCAAAACACAAUGUAGAAAAGUGGUUUUUUUUUUUUUUUUUUUUUUGGAAUGGUUCAGCCGGGCGGUGGUGGCGCACGCCUUUAAUCCCAGCACUCGGGAGGCUGAGGCAGGCGGAUCUCUGUGAGUUCGAGGCCAGCCUGGUCUACAAGAGCUAGUUCCAGGACAGGCUCCAAAAGCUACAGAGAAACCCAGUCUCAAAAAAAAAAAAAGUCCCAGUUUGGCUUCAAAUGGGGCAAAGAAAUGUCAUGAAGUACUGAGAAUGAAGAUACACGAAGCAGUAGAAAAUAAGAUGAACUUGAGGUUUUUAUAAUAGCAGUGCCUUCCAGGAUAUUAUUAUGAAAAAUUUUGCCUUAUACCUUUUUAAUAUUCAUGAAGAUGUUUAGGAAAAAGGGUACCAAAAAUUUGCCUUAACAAAACUUGGCUCUCACUGAUAGCUCUAACGUUAUCUGGCACCUUGUUAGCAUUGUUCUCCUUUGGAAGCGCAGGUUGGCCCCCGGGGAUGUUGUACCGCACCAACCCGGUGACCUCUUGGCUUACUGUCUCACUAACUCCAGGAGUGAGUUCAUCCUCUCCCUGGUUUGAAGUCAGCAAGCCCUUAGAGCAGGCCUUCUCAGCCACGAGGAACAACUCCUGUGCUGAGCCUCAUGGGAGGGAGAGAAAAAAGAGAUGCCUGAAAGAGAGGCGUGUCCUUAGCCUUUCAGAAUCAUGGGGUUCACCCUCCCCCAUGUUUUUGGAAAUGGAUUCUGAGUUUUAUUUUCAAAGAAGGCCCCUCUGUGGGUUUUCCCCUUGAAACCCUCCCGGCACAGAUGGGACAGGUCCUACCAAAUGGAGCCCUAAAGUCAAGGGACCGGCUGGAUAAUCACCACGCUCUCGACUCCCUUGAUGGCCCUGCCGUGUGAUUCUAAGGUUUGUGCCAAAUCGGGCAUGCUUAGAACCCAACCCACGGCUGCCACUUCUGAGCGUAGUCCUGUCCUUUUCACUGUGGGCUUUUUAGGCAAAAUGGGAAAAGAAAAAAAAAGAGAAAGAAAAAAAAAAAAGCAGAGCUUUAGGUAAAUGAUGGGAGGCUAGAAAAAGGGCUUCCCGUGCCUUCGUACUCCUGUUUAUACUACCUCUCUUUAAAGUUAUUCUAGUGUUAUUGUUCUUUCCUGUACUCAGGGAAUUUUGUUGUGUUUUGUUUUUGUUUCUCUUGAGCUCAUGACGCAUGGGCGGGCGCACUGACAGGGUAUGGUGUUGUUUGGUUCGUAGUUAAGUAUGUGGGCCAACGUCUAUCAGUAUCUGAAAUGAAGAGUAUGAUGGGAGCGGUUGUUUUCAAUCUCCAAAAGCAAACAAAAUGUCAAGGUGACGCUUCAGGUUGAGGGCCGUGUGCAUUUGAACUGUGUUCUCUGCCUGGGUCCUCUGAAAGGGUCCGAGGGGAUGCUGUCCCAAAAGAACGGGCCCUGUGUUUUGAUGAAUCGGCCCUUAGUUACAGUAGACUUUUAGCUUAUAGCUAUUUGCUAGUUCAUUUUUUAGGCUUUUCAUUUUAUUGUUAUGCAGACUUUUCUGUCACAAUCCUGUUACCAAAGAAUUUCCAGUAGAAAAAUGAAAUUUCUAUUAUAAUUACCCUAAAUCCAAUUCACUAGAAACAGCUAUAAAUAGCCUCAAUUUCAAGUAAUUUCUAACCCUAAACUGUAGGGUUUAUAUUGAUAGUUACAGAUAAUUAGACUAGUGAUAUUAACUACCUUACUGUCUCCAGAGUGUUUAAAAGUAAGUUGUAAUUUCCUUGCCAACAGAUGGUUACAAAGUAUUUCGACUGUAGCUUUUUUUCCUUCAGCAAGCGAAGAAAUCUUUAACUCUAUAGUAUUAAUGUAUUUUCAAAUUUUUGAAAUUGCUUGUUGGAGGGAAAAAAACCAAAUCUUAUCACUAAGAAUAAAUAUUUUGAUCUUGUGGAAUAAGGUAUUUAAUGUUAAACGGAGGCUUUUGGCUUGGUGAAAGCAAGCUUCUGUGAAGUCUGAAGUACGAAAUUCUAACUAAAAUAUUAAGGUUAUCAUUUCUUUCUUAUGGUACCAUUACUUCAUCAUAUUUCAACUCUAGAUAGGCUGGUAUGCAAAUUGGUAACUUUCAUUUUCUAAAGACAUAUUUGCUAGAAGUACUGAUAACCUGCCUGUCAUUUUUAAUGUCAGAUAUUACAAUAUACUGCUCAUCAGUAUUUUCAUACCAAAGACUAUUAAAAUAUAUCAUUUAACCUGUAAGUAAAGAUGAGCAGAUCUAAAAUAAAUUUAUUUAGAAGCAGAUAGGGAAUCUAGCUUUAGUGGCAAAAAGAAAAGACGAAAAGCUAAGUUUACAUAGUUAAAGGCAAUACAGUUAUAUUGGUAUUUAUCAGUGUUUUUAUUCGAGUACUUUAUAUCAGCAAAUUAAAAAGAAAUUAAAAACCAAAGAUAUUUAAGGUUACCUCCGAAUAUAGAGAAAUUUAGCUGUACAUUGAACUCUUAUUUGUUGUUUUUUAUGUUAAUGAAGCAUCUCUCCAGACCCUCUCCUCUGUGUCCAGAUUUUCAGUGAAAUCCACUGGUUUAUUCAUGGGGAUAUUUUUGAUAAAAUGGUGCUGUGCUUCUUCCAUAAGGCCCCGUGAGUGUGUGACGGUCACCAGCUAGAACAUCAGGCUCCUCUGUCCCUGGGUACAUGGGAGCCCCUAAAUCCUCCGUAUAGUCUGCAUUCCUAUAUAAAGUCAUUCUCUGGUUAUUCAGGCAGCUGGAGGAAGGCAAAUGUUUGGGUGGGCGGCGCUUUGAGUUAAAAUGGGGUUCCUAAAUUACAAGGUUUUCAUUGCACCAAAGGAUCUGAGCUUAAUCUCGAAUGGAAAUCUGGGUGAAGAGAAUGACUUUUUUUAAUGUAGAAUCUAAAUAAAAAAGACGUAUUUAUCUAUUAAAUGAUGUUUUGAAAAGUACCAAGAGUUUAGAUGCUGGUGACAUGUUACAGGCUUUCUUGCCAUCACCUCAAACACAAGCCCCGCCAGCAACACAGCAGUGACUGUGUGUGCAGCAUGUCUGUGCUUUCUGGAGGGCGUCUGAAAAAAAAAAUUUUUUAAAGGCUCAUGGCUGACGACUCAGGAGCACUGCUGAAGUCCUUAGGAGGACACCAUUGGAAAGAGUUCUUUGUGUCCUCAAAAGCGAGCAUGGCAGCAUGGUGCAUUCCUUUGAUCAAUCGCAGUAGGCAGAUACCUGAGGUCCAGUCCUGCCUGCUGUACAUAGCGAAACAAGGCGAGGGGGUGCCAUUCCAGGAAACGUUACCGCCCGUGAGUCGGUCAGUGACUGUUGCGACCGAUUCGCUUCUGUACACUUGCAUAGCAGAUGUCCGUUUCGAAUACCAGAUGUGGGGGGACAAAAGUUUGAACUGUAUUGUCAAAAGCUGUCGUUUUUCUGAGGCCAACCAUGUGUUUUGCAUAUUUCCUGCCUGAACAUUUACUACAUGCGUCUCUGAUAAAACUGCUUUGGUUGAAGUCAAAAAUCACCCCUGCUAUCUGUGAGCGCAGAGCGGCGGGUUCUGGAGACCGCCAUGCACAGCCGUUCAUCUGAUUGUGGAUUUUAUUGAUGUUUAGAAGGCAGCCGUAGGUUCUGUGCUGGGUUGCUUAUGCUCAGGAUGUGAAUUCCCAGGCUAAUGCAAUGUGUGUGUUACCGGCUUUUCUACCAGGUGGGUUCUGUGCCGCUUUCCCGGCAAACCAUCACCAAUUUAGUGUCUGCAAGCAGCAGCGCCUAAGUAUCUUACAACUCUGCGGGUCUGAACUCUUUUCCUUUUUAAGGAAGUUUUUUUGCUCUGAAAUUCUGCCAUCCUGGAACUUGCUAUGGAAACCAGACUGGCUUUGAACUGGUGGUACUCCUCCUGCCUCAUACUCCCAAGAUGACAGGUAUGGGCCAUCGGCCCAGCUAUAGGAUAAGAUGAAGCUGCCAAGGGGGCUGCCUUCCCCCUGGGAGCCGAGAGAAGAAGCCGGUCCCUUGUCUUCAGCUUUUAAAGACUGUGAACUCAUUUUUCUUCAAAACCAGCAACAUAGCCCCUCUCCUUCUCUUUUUCUGACCCCAAGAAAGAAAGAUUCUUUGGUUCUGAGUAUUCAUUUGGUUAGAUUAUUCUGGCCUUCUUCAUCCAAGAUGAUGUCCUUAGUUUCUUCUGUCAUGUAUUGUAGGAUUCUCACAGGUUCUGAGGGUUCCUCUGUAGACUUCUGAGUGGUCUUUGUUUUCCUACUACAGAUCCGUCAAUUCUGCGGAAUUCCUCUCAGAAGCUUGGUACUAGGUUUUCAAGCAAAUCUGAUGUUCCCUUUCCCCUGGAAGCACCUUUAAAAUGUCAAAGACUGGAAAAAUAGGCCCUGUAGUUUGUUCAAAGUGCAUUAAAAUCUGUCUCUAAAACCCCUUCAAAGCCAAUUCAACUUUUUUUCUUUUACUUUUUUUCUUUUAAGUGGGGGAUUUGAGGCAGGGUUUCUCUGUGUAGCCCUGGUUGUCCUGGUACUCGUUCUGCAGACCAGGCUGGCCUCAACUCAGAGAUUCACCCGCCUCUACCUCCCAAAUGCUGGGACUAAAGGCAUAUGCUACCGUCACCUGGCUCCUCACUCCACUCCAGAUCUUAUCUAUGUUUUCAGAGGGGGGAAAAAUCUCUUAAAUAUUUGCCUCCAACUAUGUUGGAUUCAUCAGAAAGUUUUGGAAACCUUUUUUCUCUCUUCAAAUGAUAAUGCUGGAGCGGGGCUGAGGAAGGGAUCCUAGAUAGAUGAGCAAGACGGCAGAAUCACCCUUUGCCUUGCAGCCUGGUUUCUGCCUUCAUUUAAACAGUGACGGAUGUUCCACCUUCUAAUUGGUCAGCUCUGAAGCUUCCCGUGGCCCUUGCCUGGCCUCACUCCGUCAGCACGUGUAGUUCCUAGGAUGCGCUGAACUUUUCCACCUGCUUCAUCUUCUAGUUGUUCUUUUCCUGGAUGUUUUAGACCCCAAAGCUCUAGUUCGUUCUAAUGUCUGAUUAUCUCAAGCUGGCCUCCUUUCAGUUUUGAAGGAUGACUUCGAAUUCUACCCUGACUGAUAUUCGGGAUUUCUUUAGCAGAGAGAGAAAGCUGUUUCCAUUCACAGGAUGCUAGCCAGGAGGAGAUGCUCAAUGCGGAAAAGCUAAGUGUCUUGAACACAGCCUCUGAGCGCUGAGAUUAAAGGUGUACCAUCCUCCCAACCUCAUCUUCAUUUCUAACAAAUGCACUCUUUCCUUGUUCACAUCAGCCAGCUUCGCUCCAUCGAUGGCCUGCAAAGUUUUACAGGUUUCCUCAAGUUUCUGAUAAAUACAUUCUUGACUUAAACCUUUAGAAACAAUGUUUCUUUUCCUACUGAACUCUCUUUAAAAAAACAAAACAAAAACAAAGCUACUCUUCCUGCUGUCAUAGAGUUUCUUAUUUGCCACAUUCUGUGUUAUCUGUUCCAUUCCCAGACUAAAACCCUUUCCUGGUGGUAAGCCUGAACACAGACAUUGCCUUAGCCCCUCGCUAGAGUGUAGGACAGGUGUUAAGAAAAUCUGUCUGUCUGUUACUGUCAUUGAACAAAAGUUGAUGUCUGUACGUGUAGGAUUUUUUUUUCUAUUUCAAAGAUGUGAAUUUAAUGAAGUGUGGGAGCCAGUUAAGUUAUUUUCUGUAGUAGGUGUUCUGGGUCCUGCCACUCUCUGCUUCCUUGUAAGGGCAGCAUUUGCCAGCUUCAGCGUGGACUGUGGGGCUGAGCUACAUUCGAUUUCUACUUGACUCAGGGGACCAGCUCAGCAGACUCCAUUGCGUGAAGAUGGUGAAUGUUUGUCUUGAUUUUUGAAUGUAUUUUUUAAAACGUCUUCUUAAAACAUAUGUUGUUUAACGAUGUGGGUUUGUUUUCUGUUCCUAGCAUGAUAGCAAAUAUUUCCUAGUAUCCGUCCACUACCCCGUGUGGUUUGUAUUCUGCCCUACAGGUCAUGCCAAAAAGUGAAUGAAAGUUUAAAUGCCAAAAUGUUUAUGAAAACUGCUGUCUACAU